GAGAGAGAGAGAGAGAGAGAGAGAGAGAGAGAUGCCUGGGUUAGGACUUGGGAGCGAGACAGCGAUGGGCUAAAUCAGCUGUACGAGAACAGUACGUGUCGGACUGUCGGCCCGACACGUACUGUUCUCGUACACUUCUGGCAGUGAGUGAGCUUAGUCUAUUCUGUUCCAUCCCUGUGUAAAGGUGAUUUACUGAAUUACGUAUCUGACUCUACAUAACCAUUAAAAUGGCAGACGAGGCAGAAGCAACAACCAGUACUGAGUCUUAUGCUUGGAAAUAUUUUGAAAAACUUAAAUGUGAAGAAUCAUCGCGAUGUAGAAAGUGUCUUGCAGUUAUAAAGUGCAGAGGAUGGUCUACUAGUGGUAUGAUUCGUCACCUCAAGAGCAAACACUCAAUUGAAAAAACAGAAAAUCUCAAACGUCCUUCAGACAAGUCUCCUCAUAAAGAUGCGAGUGAGGUGAAAAGGAGUUCUGUGCAAAGGAAAAUGACUGGUUUUUUGAAGAAGGAGGAGACGAAAGAAGAAAUCGUUGGGAAGCUAGCUGCAGUAGAUGGAUUUUCCAUAAAUGCCAUCGCCAAGAGUGAGUUCAUAAAGACAUCAAUGCUUGCAAGGGGAUACAAAUUGCCUCAAAGUCCAACUCUUGUUAUGGAUCUUGUACAUAAGCAGUACAACGUUGCAAAAGAAAGGGUGAUAUUUGAUAUUAACAAAAGGAGACAUGUUGGGGUUAGGUUUGGAUUAUCUCUUGAUGAGUAUACUUCACUAAAAAACAAGAGGUACAUGAACAUAAAUUUACAUACUAGUGACACCUUUUGGAAUUUAGGAAUGGUUAGAAUCACAGGUUCACUACCAGCAGAGACUGCUGUUGAGGUAGUUGAGAAUAAGUUAGCCGAUUUUCAGGUAAACUUGGAAAGAGAUGUAGUUGCAUGUGUAACUGAUGGAGCCAGUGUCAUGGUUAAGUUUGGCAAACUGAUUAAGACCUGUCAUCAUAUGUGUUAUGCUCAUGGAAUACAUCUUGCUGUUUGCGAUGUUCUCUACAAGAAAACAAAUGAUAACUUAGUUAGUUUGGAAAGGAGAAAUGUUACCUAUCUCCAAGAAGAGGAAGCAGAUGAUGUGGAAGCUGUGCAAGAGGAAGAAGAGUUCAGUGGUAUGAUUGAGGUGGUAUCAGAUGAGGAUUUGGAAAAUAUUAGGUUAGAGGAUCUGGAAGAUGAUGAAGAAGGGAACAUUGAUUUGUCUGUCACAAUCAACAAAGUCAGAAAAAUUGUGAAGAUGUUCAGGAAAUCACCCACAAGAAAUGAGAAGCUGCAGAGGUAUGUUGUUAGUGAAUAUGGCAAAGAACUGAUGCUAAAGCUCGACUCUAAGACAAGGUGGAACAGCUUGCUAGACAUGCUAGAGCGAUUCCUGAAAGUAAAAAACUCAGUUGCUAAAGCUAUGAUUGACUGUAAUAUGGAAAUGAACAUCACAAAUGGGGAAUUAAAAGUGCUCAAUGACUUAGUAACAGCACUGCAACCAGUAAAACUAGGGGCAGAGAGGAUGGGAUGCAGAGGUACAACUAUUCUUACUGCUGAAGGUGUGUUUUCAUUCAUGUUGAAAGAACUGAAUGAACAACAGUCAUCAUUUUCGAUGAAACUGCAAAAUUCUCUCAACAACAGAAUAAAUGAAAGGAGGAGUGCGGUUCUCGUAGGCCUUAUGAAAUACCUGCAUUGUGGGAAGGCUUAUAACAACUGUGAGGAAAGAUUAGCAUUACCCCGUAAGUCUGCCAUCGUGGAGUCAGCUAAACAGUUGUUAGGAAGACUGUUCCAAGUAAGUGAUGAAGAAACUACAACUAGUGAUAAUGUGGAAACAUCUGUAAAUCAACAAAAUUCACUCACUGAUAAACUCCAGGCAGCCAUAGAUCAGAUUCAGACACAAAGUAAAAAAAGAAAUGAGUGUAACUACAUUGCGAAGGAAUUUAGUGUAUUUGAGGCAACUGGGGACAGAACACAGAAUUUAGAGAAAUUGUUCCAGGCUCUCAACUCUGUACCACCAACGUCUGUUGAAUCGGAAAGGGCUUUUUCAGCAGCUGGUCUUUUUAUUACCAAACUAAGAUCAAAGCUCAGUGAUCACAGUAUUGACUGUUUGUGCUUUUUGAAAAGUUAUUUCAAGAACAAUUCUUAGGGUGUAUGACUGCAUUUGCAGCUGUCUGAUUUUUUUUUUUUUUAACAGGUCAUUCCAUACUCUAGCAUUGAGUGCUUAAAUUCCCACUCCCCUCUUUUUUGUUUGCCACGUCUGGAGAGUUAGGCCUAAAUUCAAAAUAUUCUUCUUAUAAUUUGGUAUGUGCAUUACGGAAUUUUCAUUUUCUUGAGCUUUAUUUGAAUUUAAUGGGAAAAUACCAGAUAAUAUCUACUUUUCUUUAAAUUCAGGGCAUUUCGGAACUUUCAGUGUUUUCAUUUAUUUAUUUAUUCAUAUAUUAGUUUUUGGAAUAUGAUGUCCUAAUUAUUUUACCCAUGUUAUUGAAUAUAUGCAAAAGAUAUUCCAUAGUUUCAUUUUCUGUGUUGUUUACAAAUUACAAUAUUGUGGAACAUGGUAGCUUG